AUGAGCCCUUAUAUCCUAUUUGUUAUAUUAACUAGCCUAGGACUAGGAACAACCCUAACAUUUACUAGCUCCCACUGACUCCUUGCAUGAAUAGGAUUAGAAAUUAAUACACUUGCUAUUAUUCCAUUAAUAACUAAUAAACAUCAUCCACGCGCCGUAGAAGCUGCAACAAAGUAUUUCCUCACUCAAGCUGCAGCUGCAGCCAUUCUAUUAUUCGCAAGUAUCUAUAAUGCCUGAUACUCCGGACAAUGAUUUAUUCAAGAUAUAUCCUCACCGGUCUCUACAUUAAUAACCCUUGCCAUUGCUAUUAAACUCGGAAUUGCUCCUAUGCACUUUUGAUUACCUGAAGUUAUACAGGGAAUUUCUAUUAAUACCGGAUUAAUUCUAGUUACAUGACAAAAACUCGCACCACUUGCCCUACUUAUGCAAAUCUCCCAUAAUAUUAAGCCAGAACUACUUAUUAUUCUAGGCCUAAUAUCUACAAUUAUCGGGGGUUGAGGAGGACUUAAUCAAACUCAGAUCCGAAAAAUUAUAGCAUACUCUUCUAUUGCCCACUUAGGUUGAAUCAUCUCUAUCCUUCAUUUUAUACCAGCCCUUGCUAUAGUUAACUUAUUUAUCUACCUUAUUAUGACUAUUACUAUAUUCAUAACAUUUAACUUAUUAAACUCCCCAACAAUUAAUACCCUGGCCGUAAAUUGAUCCAAAUCCCCGAUCUUAGCCGCUACAAGUGCACUCGCCCUGCUCUCCCUAGGCGGACUACCGCCAUUAUCUGGAUUCAUGCCAAAAUGACUUAUUAUUCAAGAACUUACUAAUCAAGAACUUGCCCCAACAGCCACCUUGCUUGCCCUAUCAGCUUUAUUAAGCCUAUUCUUUUAUCUUCGACUUUCAUACUCAUUAUCUCUGACUAUUAUACCCAACACACAUCCUCAAACACUUAACUGAAAUAUAAAAAUUACCACCCCUCUACCUCUUUCCUUAAUAAUGAUAAUAACCCUUACCAUACUACCUAUUACACCAACUAUUAUUUCUUUAUUCUAG